CGGCAGAAAAUAGUUUUGCAAAUACGCAUCUUCACGUUGUUUCUCGAACAUUCGCGUCGAUACAACAAGGAUAUAAUUAACUGGUUUAAGAAUUUAUUUCAUAGUGCACAUUUGAUCAGUUUAGGUAAUUGUCACCGGUAUCAACGGAAUACCAUAAACGGAGAAAAAUCUAAACACGAACGAAAGUACGCCCUGAACCAUGCCACCUAUGGUCGUCUGUUACAACAGAGGAUGUGGUCAAAGCUUUGACCCACAAAACAAUAGCGAAGAUUGCGUUCAUCAUCCUGGAGUACCAUUUUUCCACGAUGCCUACAAAGGAUGGACCUGCUGCAACAAGAAAAGCGUUGACUUUACUGAGUUUCUCAACAUCAAAGGUUGCACCCGUGGUUUACAUUCAAACGAAAAACCGCCAGAGCCAGAAAAACGUAAAGAAGACCCUUCGUUGGUGGACGAACCGGCCCCGGUUGAGGUGAAAAUCCGAGAACCGAUUCGUCCCAGUAUGGAACGUCCUUCGUUCGAGACUGCACUAACCUCGCUGGAUCCUUGGGUAGCACCGGCUUUCCGAAAGCAGAUUGACGAAAUGCCAGCUGUUACGGUGAAAAAGAAGAUCCCCACUGACAUUGCCGCUAUCGAAGCCGGCACGGUAUGUAAGCAUGGUGGCUGUAGCUGCACGUACGAAGAUGCCAAAACGAGUGAUAAACCAUGCGUGUACCAUCCGGGUGUGCCGAUCUUUCACGAGGGAAUGAAAUUUUGGUCAUGCUGUCAACGGAAAACUUCAGAUUUUACUGCCUUCAUGAAUCAGGCCGGGUGCGAAACGGGCAAGCACUUGUGGGUCAGUGAGGAGGAUGAAUCGAAAACGAUCAAGUGCAGGUUGGAUUGGCACCAAACGGCAACUACGGUCGUGGUGACGGUUUAUGCGAAAAACUAUCAUUACGCGAAGAGUUACGUCCGUGUAAAUCCGAUUCGAUUAGGUAUUUGCUUGGUGUUUCCGCAGCAGGAUGGAAACCAGUACAACGUGGAUAUGGAGUUGCGUGGGGUGAUUGAUGUGGCACAGUGUAAGGUUCAAAUGUUUGGCACAAAAGUAGAAAUAACGCUGGUCAAAGGGGAACCGGGUACGUGGGCCAAGCUUGACUUCCCCCGGGAGAAAAAGAGUGAACAGCAGAAGGAUGUUACCAACAAAGCGGACAACAGCAACAAUGCAGAGGACAAUGAUUCGGAUGUCGAUCUGGAUGAUUUGGAGCCAACUUUGCGUACGGCAACAAUAACAGAAGUAACGGAGUAAAGGGACGAAUCUUCUCUCUAAAAACACAGCAUUCGAUUCCUUGUCACCCAUCGUGGGACAUCGCCUCCAAAGCAUGCAAUAAAUUGGAACAGGUCCCGUAAGGUAUAACUUUCACUGUA